AUGGGAAAAUUCCAAGAGGUUUUCGCUUGGAAACAAUUGACCUAUGACAUAGAUGGCAUAUCGUUACUACAAGAUCGAUUCCUGGACGUCGAGGAAGAGAACCGUGCAAAGAGACAAGCGGACAGAAUUGUUUUUGCCGACGACACAAACUCUGAUUGGGCAAGACCCAGACCAACUGUAUCUACGCCUGCCCCAAAUCCUGAAGCCGGCAGAUUCUUCAUUCAGUACAACAAUGUUCCCAUGGGCGUUGAAAAAGUCGGCAACAGAUUAUUCGUUACUCUACCGCGGAGAAGAUAUGGUAUACCGUCAACUUUGAAUUACAUAGAUCUGGAAGAACAAAAUGGCCGCUCGCCCCCCCUAAGACCAUAUCCUAAUAUUUACGCGAGUAGAUCGCUCAUAUCCGUGUAUAGGACGAGGGCAGACAUAUGUGGUAGAUUGUGGAUGGUGGAUACAGGACUUUUAGAGUUGCCAGUAAAUCGUCAACAGUUACAAACACCAGCGAUAGUCAUCUACGACUUGAACACCAAUCAACAAAUCCGGAGAUAUCCCUUCAAAGACUCCGAUGUACCUUCUGCCAACACACCGACAGGUCUGGCAUCAAUAACACUGGAUAUAACGCAAGGCUGCGGCGACGCGUACGCAUAUGUUCCAGAUUUGACUACGAACGGCAUCAUAGUUUAUUCGUUCAGGGAAAAUGACAGUUGGCGUCUCUCACACAACUACUUCAGUUUCAAUCCAGUCGCUGGCAAUUUGAGAGUAGCUGGUGAAUACUUCCAAUGGAGCGAUGGAAUAUUUAGCAUAGCUUUAUCCCCUGCGUUCUCCAACGGCUGCAGAACUGCUUAUUUUCACCCCCUGAUCAGCACUGAGGAGUUCUCAGUGUCUACCUGCAUUCUGAAGAACAGAACGGCCAGUAGUGAUAGAUAUUACUUCGAUCAGUUUACUUACCUCGGCGACCGCGGUAAGAACAGCCAGUCGACAAUGCACGAUUAUCACGAACCGACUGGCGUUCUCUUCUUCGCUGACAUGGGAAGAGAUGCUGUCUCCUGCUGGAAGACGGAUAAGCCACUGGGACGGGAAAAUGUUGGAAUCCUGGCGCAGGACAGCGAGAGAUUAGUGUACCCAUCAGAUCUGCACGUAACGGACGACGAAGUGUGGGUAAUUGCAAACAAAUUACCACAAUUUGGUUACUCAAGGUUUAACACAGACGAAUACAACUUUUAUGUGCACAAAGCAAACAUUUGGGACAUCCUUCCGGGGACGGUUUGUGGCUAA